AUGGCGGAGCAGAGGCUUCGUGGUCUAAGUUUUCCGGCGAUGGCGACACCAUUAUCGCUGCUGUUAGCGUAUGCCCCACAAUACGCCCCCUCAGUCAUGCUUUUGCUCACAAUGUACAACCUCGUCCCAACACAACUCCUAAAAUACGUCGUCAACGCCGUCCGAUUCUACUGGAAACCUAAAUCCUCAAAACUCACUCUCCUCUUCGACCAGAGAGACGGCGUUUCUCCAAACCAGAUGUUCGAUGCCGCGGAAGCCUUCCUCUGUACCAGAAUGAAACCAGAUUCCAACUGUCUCAGGAUAACGAAAACCGCCAAAGAAGAUUACAUCAAUGUUAAGUUUGCAAAAUGGGAGGCGAUAGAAGAUUCGUUUGAGGGAAUCUCACUUGCAUGGAAGUACGUCAUUGUGCCACCACAAGAAAGGUCUAACGGCAGUGAAACCCCGGAGAAGAAAUACAUCGAACUGAAAUUUGAGAAAGAAUAUAAAGACAAAAUAAUAAAUUCUUACUUGCCAUGGAUACUUCAAAAAGCUAAGGAAAUUGAAAACCAGAAGAAUGUCGUGAAGCUCCAUAACCUACAAUUCGAUCGCGGCGGUUAUAAUAGAACAGAAAAGGAAUCGGUAAAACUGGACCAUCCAUCAACGUUUGAUACAUUAGCUAUGGAUCCAACGAUGAAAAAGGCGAUAAUGGAGGAUUUGGAUUUGUUUUUAAGGAGAAAGGAUUUUUACAGGAAAGUAGGGAAGGCGUGGAAGAGAGGGUAUCUACUGUAUGGUCCGCCGGGAACAGGGAAAUCAAGUUUGAUUGCUGCCAUGGCGAACUACCUUAAGUUUGAUAUUUAUGAUUUACAGUUGAACAGUGUUGGGAGUGAUUCGAGUUUGAAGAAACUGAUGUUAAGCACAUCGAAUCGCUCCAUUAUUGUGAUCGAAGAUAUUGAUUGUAGCAUACAAGUGCAUGAUCGGAAGGGAACCAUUCCUUCUAAAUAUAUCCACGAUAAACCUAAGCAUUCUCCGCAGUUUUCUUUAUCGGGGCUUUUAAACUUCAUAGAUGGGUUAUGGUCGUGUUGUGGGGAUGAACGUAUCAUAAUCUUUACAACAAACCACAAAGAAAGACUCGAUCCUGCAUUGCUUCGACCAGGAAGGAUGGAUGUGCACAUUCACAUGUCGUAUUUGACCAUUGAUGGGUUCAAAACCCUAGCUGCUAACUAUCUCAACAUUCAUGAUCACCAUUUGAGGUUUACUGAAAUUGAAGAAUUAAUCAAUGGCACCAAUGUUACACCAGCGGAGGUGGCGGAGGAACUCAUGAAGUCCGACGAUCAGGAGAUUGUGUUGGAGGGAGUUGUGAACUUUUUGAAACGGAAGAAGACGGAGGAGGAUACAGCUAAAGAGCAAAGUGAUGGUGGUAAUGAUGAAGUUCCUGAAGCGAAAAAGGCAAAACUUAUCUCAUAA